AGCGUGUUGGGAGGAGCUGAGUGGAUACAAUGUAUGUGUUCCUCCGCUGUCACUGCUGUGGGGAGUACCUGGCUCUGCCGAUCAGCUGCAGCCCUCACUCAGGCUAGGAGGAGGAGGAGAGCAGCAGAGGUGACAGUCCAAGGACAAGGCAGGCUGCAAUAUAACACUGCUGGGGCUAAAACCAGGCAUCAUACCCCCUCUGCAUCCUAUAGGAAAUAAUUUAUUGCCCCUAGAGCUAAAUAUUUAUUAAUUGCUACAAAAUGCCCCUGGCUCGCAGCUUCUCAGUCACCUCCCUCACUGGCCUGGAGGACUGGGAUGAUGACCUGAACCUAGAGAACUCCAUGCUCUUUGAGGUGGCCUGGGAAGUGGCUAAUAAAGUGGGAGGUAUUUACACGGUUAUCCAGACAAAAGCAAAGAUCACCACGGACGAAUGGGGAGAUAACUACUUCCUGAUUGGUCCUUAUUUUGAGCACAAUGUGCGUACUCAGGUUGAGCUGGUUGAGCCCUCACAUCCGGCUAUCAAGAGAACACUGGACUCAAUGAACUCUAAGGGAUGUAAGGUGUAUUUUGGCCGUUGGUUGAUAGAAGGUAGUCCCUACGUGAUCCUCAUCGAUAUUGCAGCGACAGCCUGGAGCCUUGACCGCUGGAAGACUGAGUUGUGGGAUAGCUGCGCCAUUGGAAUUCCGUGGUAUGAUCGUGAAGCUAAUGAUGCUGUCCUCUUUGGUUUUCUUACAGCCUGGUUCCUUGGUGAGUUUGCUGCACAGUGUGAAGAUGAGAAGCCAUUUAUUGUUGCCCACUUCCACGAGUGGCUCGCUGGCGUGGGAUUAUGUCUCUGCCGAGUCCGCAAGCUCCCAGUAGCCACUAUAUUCACAACACAUGCCACACUUUUGGGCCGGUAUCUGUGUGCUGGAAGCGUGGACUUCUACAAUAAUCUCCAAACGUUCAACGUAGAUAAGGAAGCAGGAGACCGCCAAAUAUACCACCGGUACUGUAUGGAGCGAGCAGCUGUCCAGUGCAGUCAUGUAUUCACCACGGUUUCACAGAUUACUGCAAUAGAGGCAGAGCAUCUACUGAAACGCAAGCCAGAUGUUGUAACCCCAAACGGUUUAAACGUGAAGAAGUUUUCUGCCAUGCACGAAUUUCAGAACUUGCACGCGCAGAGUAAAAACCGCAUUCAAGAGUUUAUAAGAGGUCACUUUUACGGGCAUUUGGAUUUUAAUUUAGAUAAGACUCUGUUUUUCUUCAUCGCUGGGCGCUAUGAAUUUUCAAACAAAGGAGCGGAUAUUUUCCUGGAGGCAUUAGCCAGACUCAACUACCUUCUCAGAGUCAAUCAGAGCGACACUACCAUUGUGGCAUUUUUCAUCAUGCCAGCAAGGACCAAUAACUUCAACGUAGAAACACUGAAAGGUCAGGCAGUGAGGAAACAACUGUGGGAUACAGCCAAUUCUGUAAAAGAAAAGUUUGGAAAGAAGUUGUAUGAGUCAUUACUUGUAGGAAACCUACCAGAUAUGAAUAAGAUGCUUGAUAAAGAAGAUUUCACUAUGAUGAAAAGAGCCAUUUUUGCCACACAGAGACACUCGUUUCCACCUGUAUGUACCCACAACAUGCUGGAUGAUUCCACAGACUCCAUCUUGAACACUAUUAGGAGAAUCGGACUCUUCAACAGCAGUGCUGACCGUGUGAAGGUAAUCUUCCAUCCAGAGUUUCUUUCCUCUACAAGCCCACUUUUACCAGUGGAUUAUGAGGAGUUUGUUCGUGGAUGCCACUUGGGUGUCUUCCCUUCUUACUAUGAACCCUGGGGUUACACGCCUGCUGAAUGCACCGUCAUGGGGAUCCCCAGCAUUUCAACCAACCUGUCGGGAUUUGGCUGUUUUAUGGAAGAGCAUAUCGCCGACCCUUCUGCUUACGGUAUUUACAUCCUGGAUCGGCGUUUCCGCUCAGUAGAUGAUUCCUGCACCCAGUUAACAUCCUUCCUGUACAGCUUCUGUCAGCAAACGCGUCGGCAGCGCAUAAUUCAAAGAAACCGCACAGAGCGCCUCUCUGAUCUCCUGGAUUGGAAGUACUUGGGUCGGUAUUACAUGUACGCUCGACACAUGUCUCUGGCCAAGGCCUUCCCUGACAACUUUACUUAUGAGCCUCAUGAACCAACAGCUGCCCAAGGAUUCUGCUACCCACGGCCAGCAUCGGUGCCACCAUCUCCAUCUCUGUCCCGCCACUCCAGCCCACAUCACAGCGAGACAGAAGAUGACGAUGAACGAUAUGACGAAGAGGAGGAGGCAGAGAAAGAUCGUCAAAACAUCAAACCUCCAGGAAUGGCAGUAGUGGGUCCAGUGCCUGAGUGGCACAAACGCUCCAAGAAAGGCUCUGUUGAUGCAGGCAACUCAUAUAAUGCUAGCAAUGCCAGCACCCCCACCAAUCCAAGUAGCCCGAGUGACCUCAGUAGUCCUACCAGUUCACUUAUAGAGGAGAGGAACUAAAUGUUUCUAUUGCUUUGUUUACAGCAAGGUGGGGAUUACUGGUGCUACUGUGAAAAAGAGUAUAUGACAUCUGGAACUAUUUGAUGCAUUAAUAGCUCUUGAAUUAGUUCCAUAUACAUAUCCAUUCUUCUUCAGUUCUUAGAAUACCAGACUUUCCCUCCUGGUGUUCACUGACCGCUUGCUUACAGUGCUUACAAAUUACGGUACGUUCUACUGUAAGCAGUGGGAUUAUACCUUCCUGCUAUUUUCUUUUUUUACCGUAAGCCUCAGAUCAAAAAAGAAAUUGAGGCUCAGGUAAAAAUGUUCAUGGUCAUCUUCUUUAUUUGAGUAAUGCCUCCCACCAUCCCUAAGCUAUUUUAACUCCUUGAAAUGCCAUACAUUUAGAGAAAAUGUAAUCUGUUUAAGACACUAAAGAAGUGUAUAGUUAUAGUGAAUUAGAGAAGAAAAUAAAAUUCUAUGAAAGGCACCUGAACAAUUAUAACCAAAUUUGCGGAUUGAAAAAAAGUUUCCAGUACCAGUCUGCUAACUACACGGACAAAGUAUGCACUUCCUAAAUAAAAGAAAUACCACCCUCCUCUCUGAUAACAAAAGAAAUCAAGACUAAACACAUAGGUCAGUUUCACUCCACUGAAGAUGCAACAGAUAUCUUAUUUACACCUCAUCCAGCUGCUCCUUUAAUGAAGUCUUCCAACAAUGCAACCUGUUACAAUUAUUUUUUAAAAUAUAAUGCUUUUGUUUGGAUCUUAAGGGUAUUUAACUUGUUACUGGAGAGUGACAGCUUUAGUACCUCUGUCUGACUCUGUCUAUCCAGAAUUGCGGUCCUCCACCUCAGUCGGAACUAUCUUGAGAUAAUUACGACCUUAAAAGUACUUUUGCCCUCAUCUACGGUUAAUCUCUCCAUCUGCCCCAGGAUUGUAGUACCUCAAGUUCUUGAGCUCUUUCAAAGUGCAGUGAUAUUUUAUCAACCUGCUGUGGGACUAAUUGAAGAAAAUAUAAAAUGGAGUGUCAUUCUCCAAGAACAGAAGAAUUAAUAUUUAAAAAUAAAAAUUUUAAAUC